AUGUCUGAAGUACAAGGAACAGUUGAGUUUUCUGUGGAGCUGCAUAAAUUUUAUAAUGUGGAUCUCUUUCAGAGAGGGUAUUACCAGAUCCGUGUGACCUUGAAGGUGUCCUCCAGGAUUCCCCAUAGACUGAGUGCUUCCAUCGUUGGGCAGACAGAGAAUACCAGCCUGCGCUCAGCCUGUGUCCAUGAGGGCACUGUGCACAGCCGUGUCUUCCAGAUCUUGUACAGGAAUGAAGAGGUGCCCAUCAACGAUGUGGUGAUCUUCCGAGCUCAUUUGCUCCUAGAUGGUGAAAGGGUGGAAGAUGUACUGAGUGAAGUAGAUUUCCAGCUCAAGGUGGACCUACACUUCACAGACAGUGAGCAACAGCUGUGUGAUGUGGUCGGGGCACCCAUGAUCAGCAGUCGUACUCUGGGGCUGCACUUUCACCCGCGGACGGGGCUGCACCAUCAGGUCCCCGUCAUGUUUGACUACUUCCACCUGUCCGUGAUCUCCGUAACGGUCCACGCCGCCCUGGUGGCUUUGCAGCAGCCCCUGAUCAGUUUCACUCGUCCGGGAAGAGGCUCCUGGCUCAGCAAAGGAGGCCCCGACGCGGGACCUGAACAGUCCAGCAUUUCUCUGGAGAACUUGGUCUUUGGAGCUGGAUACUGUAAGCCCACGUCCUCAGAGGGAAGCUUCUACGUGCCCUCAGACAACUGCAUACAGCAUGCCUACAAGUGGCACCAGGAUCUGUGCCACUUGCUGCUGCGUGCCUUCCGAGGACUCCGUGCCUACUUUCUGCUCAUCCUGAGGGACAUCCCGGAGCUGCCGCGCCUGGAGCUGGAGACCCUCGCUGUUGAUGAGACGCUCUCUCAGCUGUGCUCGGAGCUACAGAUGCUGACCAAUCCAGAGAAAAUAGCCGAGCAGAUAAGCAAGGACCUCGCCUGGCUUGCUUCUCACCUGAUGGCCCUGUGGACCCAGUUCCUGGACACUGUGACCCUGCACUCCCAAGUGACCACUUAUCUCACCCGGGAACAUCAUGCCUUGAGGGUCCGCAGGUUUUCCGAGGCCUUCUUCUACAUGGAGCACCAAAAACUUGCAGUCCUGACCUUCCAGGAAAAUCUCAUACAGGCCCACAGCCAGUUAUCCCUGGACAUCCGGAACUCUGAGUACCUGGCCAGCAUGCCCCCGCUACCUGCGGAGUGUCCAGACAUUGACGGAGACUGGAGCACCCUGCCUGUGAUCUUCGAGGAUCGUUAUGUGGACUGCCCUGCUACAGAGCAUCACUUGAAUGUUUAUCCUAAUUUUGAUGUUCCUGUGACAAGUCCUACAAGAAUGAAUCUAACAGAAGAGAACUCUAAUGUAAAUAGAAAGUUGUCUUUCAGGGAAGACCUUGUCUUGUCCCCUGAGAAGCCACUCCACAUGGACCCUGAUGAAGAGGUCCUUAGGGGCCCAGAUCCAGAUGAGAAUGAGGCCACACCACAUCAUGUAGACCCGUGCUCUGAAUCUCAAGUGUAUCUAACAAUUGGUGAAUUCCAGAACAAAACACAUUUACCUGAUGAAGAUUGUUGGAGUGGCCAAAGGUCUGAGGUGGGAACAACCCAUCUGCAGGCUGGUCUAGACAUGCCAAUAAAGAGUUUGGAUCCAGAGGAUGGACAGGUCACAACGCUGACCUACCUUGAUGUGAAGUCAAGCAGUAAGAACUCGUGCAGAGCUGAACCCGUGGUGGUCCAACCCAUGGUGGUCUUCAAUACUCCUCGAGAGACUGGAGCCUCAGGAGAUAGCUAUGAAUCAGAUAGAACUAUGCUUAGCAAAAUGACAGCAGGUGAAUGUCAUCAAAUUGCAAUCUCUUCGGAAAAGUCAGCGCUCCACGAAUUAAGUCCUCUUGGAAAGGGGGUCGAACAAGAAGGUAAGAUGGUGCUGCUAAGUCUAAAACCCAUCCCUUCUGAGCCCUGUGAUCCUCUAAGCUCUAUUCUGAGGGACUCCUUGGACCUUAGGCCUUCCCCAAGGGACCCCCACACAGAAGGGCAGGAGGGAGUGUUACUGCUCUCUGGGAUCAUCAGGAGAUCUUCUUCUAUCAUAUCGGACUCAGGCAUUGAAAGUGAGCCAAGCUCCAUUGCCUGGUCAGAGGCCCGGAGCAGGGCUCUGGACUUGCCCAGUGACCGGGAAGUCUUGCAGCAGCUGGUUCGAAGGCAUGCUCUUCACAGGAACUCCCUGGAGGGGGGACACACAGAGAGCAACACGAGUUUGCCCAGCGGGAUACAGGCCUCCCUCACCUCCAUCAGCUCGCUGCCCUUUGAGGACGAGGAGCGGGAGUUGGCACUCACCAAAUUGACCAAGUCUGUGUCUGCACCCCAAAUCAGUAGCCCGGAGGAAUCUGCUGAUGACGCAGACACCAUGAAGCAAGGGGGAGGUCUUGCUGAAGCUUUGGAUAUGCACAUCAAAAACAUAGCUUCCCCAGGAAACGGCUCCCCACUUUGUGGUAGCUCCAGAACCCACGAUGCUGAGGCCAACCAUUCCCUUGUGGAGAUAGUUUUAGAAGCUGAAGACCCUCAGGACCCUGAUUACAUAGACAUUCCCAAAGGUAAAGAGAGUCAGGUUGCUCUUGAUGAUAGAACUAAGAACCCCUCAGGUGUUGAUACCAAAGGUGUUCAUUUUAAAACACCAAGCAUUAUAGCACUUGAAAACCCUUGGGAGAGAUUUUUCCACGGAGCACCGUUGGAGACUCCAAAGAGCAUGCCUGAAGACUGCAAUGUUGGGGACGGAGUGCUUUCUAACAGCAGCCUCUCCGAUGUUGAGGCCAUUGCCCACUAUAAGGUGCCUGUUUGGAGCUGUGCAUCGGCUGUUGGUGCCAUCCACCUGGAGCCACCAGAUGGCACAGUGUUUCCUAAAGGAGCUAACUCCUGGUCUGGGACUGAAUGUAAAGCUGUUACCACGUGGCCCGCCAUGACUCACUCCACCCACUCCCAGGAAUCUGAAAACCAAGAGAUGAAGGCAGCAGGCCCUUCCAUCCUGGUGUCUCCGCUAAGCGCUCCAGAGGCCUUUCCUCUGGACAACCUGAAGGCUGUGGAGGUGGUUAACUUAUCUGUGUCUUGCACUGCCACCUGCCUCCCCUUCUCAUCUGUCCUCAAGGAGACCCCUGCCAGGGCUGGAUUCUCCUCCAGGCAGACACCGUUCCCCAUCACCCAUCAGCCCCUGGGCUCCUUUGGAGCAGUUUCCAUGCAUGUCAGCAGACUGGAGGGAGAAGUCAGUGAAAGAAUGUUCAGUUUCUAUCAGGCCAAAGAAAAAUUUAAAAAAGAACUGAAGAUUGAAGAAUUUCUGUACAGUGACUUAUCUGUACUCGCUUCUGACAUACCGUAUUUCCCACCAGAGGAAGAGGAAGAAAAUUUGGAAGAUGGGAUUCACCUGGUUGUCUGCGUCCAUGGCCUGGAUGGGAACAGUGCAGACCUCCGGUUGGUAAAGACUUUCAUAGAACUGGGGCUCCCUGGAGGAAAACUGGAUUUCCUAAUGUCUGAAAAGAAUCAGAUGGACACAUUUGCAGAUUUUGAUACCAUGACUGACCGGCUACUGGACGAGAUCAUCCAACACAUUCAGUUGUACAACCUCUCCAUAUCCCGAAUUAGCUUCAUCGGCCAUUCUCUUGGCAACAUCAUCAUCCGAUCCGUCCUCACUCGGCCCCGCUUUCGGUAUUACCUCAACAAACUGCACACAUUCCUGUCUCUGUCCGGACCUCACCUGGGGACCCUGUACAACAACAGUGCCCUGGUUAGUACAGGCUUGUGGCUCAUGCAGAAAUUGAAGAAGUCUGGUUCCCUUCUGCAGCUGACCUUCAGGGAUCACGCUGAUUUGCGCAAAUGCUUCCUCUACCAGCUAAGUCAAAAGACAGGGCUGCAGUAUUUCAAAAAUGUUGUGCUGGUUGCUUCUCCCCAAGACCGCUACGUGCCAUUUCAUUCAGCCAGGAUCGAGAUGUGCAAGACUGCCCUCAAGGACAGACACACAGGGCCGGUUUAUGCAGAAAUGAUCAACAACCUUCUCCGCCCUCUGGUAGAAACCAAGGACUGCACUUUAGUUCGACAUAAUGUGUUCCAUGCUCUGCCCAACACUGCCAACACCCUGAUCGGCCGAGCCGCCCACAUCGCUGUACUGGACUCAGAACUCUUCCUAGAGAAGUUCUUCUUGGUGACAGGUCUCAACUACUUUAAGUAG